CGAUUGCCACGUUGGGUGAAGGGCAGGAAAAACUAGGAACUGGAUGCAAGCCUACACGCUGCUCGUUCCUAGUGAAGGAAAAGUGAUGAUUAUUCAGAAGGCGUCUGUUAAGGGACCUUUGAGCUGAAUGAGGCUAACACUUUUCGGAAAUUCUGUUUUUCGUUUUAGAGACACCUGUCUGUGAGGAGACCAGAAGCUGCAGGAAAAAAAAUAUAUAGAAACUAAUGACAUUUGCGAAUUUAUGAUCUUAGGUUUCUUUGGAGUCAUUAGCGAAACACCUGAAUUCUUUGGGGAACUUUCUCUUACUGCCUUGACUACUAAGUAUGGUUAUCAUUGCUGCUUUACUCUGUUGGCCGCGGGUAGCCACAGUCUCACCUGAAAUCCAACAUAGGUGUUUUUUGAGCACAGCUUCUUGACACCAAGCUUAGGUGAUUAGUAUUGAAGUGAUAAAAAAAUACACUAGAUGUGGAGCCUUUUUUAAAAAAUAGGUUAUUCGUUUUGCUUAGUGUCCCACGGAAAAAUCAUUAAUUAAAAACUAAAGGAUAUCUCCAGAUCAGUUGGAUUGACAUAUACAAAGUGUAGGUCUUGCACGCACACACAACAUCCUUAUAUACAUUUACCUGUAAAGGAAGAUUUUCCUUGGCCCCAUUCAAUUUAUGGAAAUGCUAAUAGGGAGUUAGGGAAAUGCAGUUUGCCCUCAUUUUCCCUCAAAACCUUGCUUUCCUGAAACUAUUCUCAGAAACCCAGUUUUCCUGAAUAAGCAGACCACUCUACCAUAGCAGAGAGCAUUUGUAUGUAUUUUUAAAGCCAAGUUUGCAAAGUUAAUUUAAUUUCUAAUUGGUAGAAUAGACUAGUUGACCUUACUAACCAGGGCCAUAACUAUUAAUACUAGUCCUGGAGAGGGUGGUUAUUCCUGGUGAGCUUGGAUAGUGGGUAGCAAUAAGUAGAAUAGAAGUGUGAUAGAAACCUGUAUAUUUAACUUGUUAAAUUGUCCAUUUUACUCUUUAUUUAAUGUAGUGAGAUCUCUUGAAAGCUCCAUUCAUGUCUGCUCUUAAAGUGGAGUCAUCGGAAGGCUUUGUACCCACUGCCAGCCAGGGCCUUUACUGGGGGUCAGGAGAUCCCGCAGGCUGGCGUGGAGGUGUAGUGCAGCAGUGUUUGAAGAGGGACUGGGAUCAAGGAAAGGUGACAAUAAGGACAAAAUCAAGUGAUCUUAGCAGUCCUCUCUAGAACAUUCUUCAUCUGGGCAAACCUUAAAUAGUAGGGAUUUUACUAAGAGAGCCUCAGUUACAUAUGACAGCUCAGCAUCUUAUCGAACAGGAAUUUGUUAUUCAGUUGAAUAUCUCUGUUGUCAGCAAAACCGCCCAGGGCAGGAUAGCCUUGUUUAGACUGUGAGGACCUGCCCUGGACCUCUGAGCUGUAUAGGCCAAGAUCGCUCCUGGUUAUGUGUUAUGAUACCCCCUCCAAUGGAUUUACAGAAAAGAUCCGGCUGUUGGAAGUCUUGGGUUUGUAUGGCAUUGUGAGAUAAUAGACGUGGUAAACAGCUAAAACGCUAAGAAGAGUGAAGCCAGAGGCAGUGUGCCCUGGGAACCCAGAGGUGAUUACACACCAAAGGCCGUGGGAAAGGCCUGGUUUGGAACAGACUUUAAGCAGAGAGUGAAUUCUUAUAAGCAGAGGAGUGGAAAGUGGGGUUCCUAGUGGCAGACACCAUGAGCAAAGCAGGUCUAAGAACUGGAUAUUUGGGCCACGUAGACUUUCUGGUCUCUGUGUGAGUUGGCACACUUUUCCCUGUGUCCUAUGGAAAGAUUUUGAAGCUUCUAAGACUCACUGUGGUGCUGGAUUCCAAGGCAAUACAUUUCUGAAAAAACAAGCUUACAGUUUUACAUGGCAUGGGAGCUUUCAGAAUGAAGACUCAAAGACACGGGGCGGACUGUCCACAUUUAUGCUGAAGUUUGGUGAAGCGGAACAGCCAUGUGAAAAAUGUGAUAGACAAAAAGGCCUGAACACUGCCCGACUGUGAGCUCUGGUUGGAUGGGAACCGCGCUGUCCUCGUUUCCGUUCCGCCACAGUGCCUUCCGCGUCGUGGCACCCGGGACAGGUCUCUUCCUGCAGGAUCUGUGUGUGCUGUUCAAAACACAAUCAGAAAGCCGCUCCGUCCCAAUGGCCCACGUCUUCCUGUACGGCACCCUGAAGCGCGGCCAGCCCAACCACAAGGUCAUGCUGGAUGGCGCCAACGGCUCCGCGGCCUUCUGCGCCCGCGGCCGCACGCUGCAGCCCUACCCGCUGGUCAUCGCCGGCCAGUACAACAUCCCGCGGCUGCUGAACCUGCCCGGCACGGGCCGCUGCGUGGAGGGCGAGAUCUACACGGUCGACGAGCAGAUGCUGCGCUUUCUUGACGACUUCGAAGGCUGCCCCGACGUGUACCAGCGCACCACGGUGGCGGUGCGGGUGCUCAGGGACCUGGGUGAGGGCAGACCCGAGGACACGCUGGCGGCUGACUCCACGGUGCAGUGCUUCGUGUACAGCACGGCCACCCACCCGCCCGAGUGGGUCCACCUCCCGUUCCACGACUGCUACGACUCCGAGGGGCAGCACGGGCUGCGCUACACCCCCCGGGAGGACAGAUGAGGAGGGCAGGGGCGCUGCUGCCAGGGCACGGCCUGGGGCGUGGGUUAGCGCAGUGUGCGCGCACUCAGUGCAAGAGCACAGCCGCGCCUUUCGGCAGAGUCUUUGUGAAUAACUCGAUCUGUGGGAAAAGCAAACAAUCUCUUUCAAUGGCAGCUGAUUUUACAAAUUUUGACAUACUUGCAAUCGUCUUCCCAAAUCUUUCUUUCCAACACUACUACAUUGCUUGCUGCUUAAAGAGCAUCAUGGGCUUCAAUGUACUAGGUAAGAAAAAUUUAGGAUUUUGAUUCCCCUAAAUGGCAUUUGGAGAACUCAUGUUAUCAUACUUUUCUUUCUUCUUCUUCCCCUCCUCUCCCUCCUUUUUGCUUUGCUUUAAUCUGAAGGUAACAUUUAAAAUGAAUGCGAAGACUUUGUGUGGUGGCCAGAUGUCAGCAGCCCUACUCUAUUGAUUCUGUUCUGUAGCACCUAGGAAAAAAAUUUUUUUAAAUAAAAGCUGAUUUUAGGUUGUUCAACUUAAUAAAAAAGAUCCUCAAGGAAAACAUGCAGUUUGGGAGCAUAUAUAGUUAUUCUUCUUCAAUUUUAAAUCAAGCUUACAUAGAAACUAUUGAAGAUGAUCAUUUAAAAUUAGAUGUUUUAGGAAACAAAAUAUUAAAAUGGUGGUAUGUUUGGCCCCUUUUAUUUUUUUGGCAUACUUACUUGGUAGAAGGUUCUUUUCACUUUAAUCCAGCAAAAUAACGAACACCCACUUGCUGGCAGACACAGCUGAGCACCCGGACUUCAAAUGGAAGUUUAUCCGAGUCCAGAUCUCAGCAGCCAGGCCCGUCACUGCCUCCUGAGGGAGCAGCAUUUUGGGGGUGGCCUUUCAGAGGAGAACCAACACAUUAGUAAUUUGUUCUUCAGGCCUGACAGCAGCUUAGCUUCCGAAUACAAACAGCACUUAAAAUAAUUUUAGCAAGGCACGAAGUACCAAUUACUACCCACCUCCAUCUGAUAAUUUGUCAGCAUAGACUCAAAUCGGCGCACGACUCUUUGCUUCUGCUCACCAGUAAAGUAUGAAAUGUAUUCCAAGAAUUUCAGAACCAACUGAAAAUGCAGCUGCUGAUCCUUAGCAACCUCAUUCUCCGUUGGGAGAUCUCACUUACGCUUCAACUUAAUGGUAGACUGUGAUCGCUAACUGCAUCUGGCACAAAAACAUGAUCAUUAUUUUUAGCCUCUUUUUCUUAAUUGGAAACUUGCUUCACAGAAACACAAAAAGGCGAGGAUAACUACCAGCUGAUGAGCCUGUGGCAGCCGCACCCACUACGGCUGUGAGUGGGGCAGCCCCGAGGCCUGUGGCAGUGGGGACAGGACGGCAGCCUGCUUUUCCUCAGCAGAGUGGCCGGACCCCAUGUCAGCCAGCAAGCUCGGAGGUGGCCUCCUGAGGGGACAGCCUCAAUGCUACACCCACGUGGAGCCACAGCGGGAAGGGGACUGGCAAAAUCAGCAUCCAGGCUCUCUGGUCCUUAGGAAGUUACAAAUAAUCACCAAUAGGACUUAGGUUCUCAGCUGCAGAGUAAGGGAAUCAGAUUAUAAAAUGGUGAGUGCUAAUUUGGUAAAAAACUAAAGGCAGAGAACUGGAAUUCAUAUAAACUUUUUGAAAGGAUCACAAAGAAAUGCUAGUAUUUACAGUC